AGCGCCCCAGCGGAGUGCGUGGUCUCAGGGUCCUGCUCACCAUGGUUCCCGGAGUGCCGCUCCCGCCGGAGAUCCAGCUGGCGCAGCGUCUGGCGGGCAAUGAGCAGGUGACGCGGGACCGCGCGUUACGGAAGCUGCAGAAGUACAUCGUGGCCAGGAGUCAGCGAGCGACAGGUGGUUUUACUCCAGAGGAGCUUCUAAAAGUAUGGAAAGGACUGUUUUAUUGCAUGUGGAUGCAGGACAAGCCCCUCCAGCAGGAAGACCUAGGCAGGACCAUUGCCCAGCUCGUCCAUGCUUUUCAGACCACAGAGUCACAGCACCUGUUCCUGCGGGCCUUCUGGCAGACCAUGAUCCGAGAGUGGGUGGGCAUCGACAGACUGCGUCUGGAUAAGUUCUACAUGCUCAUGAGGAUGGUCCUGAGUGAGUCGCUGAAGGCUGUGAAAACCGGAGGCUGGGAAGAGAGACAGAUUGAGCAGCUGCUGCAGCUGCUGACCACCGAGAUACUGAGCCCUGACAGCCAGGCCCCCAAUGGGGUGAAGAGCCACUUCCUAGAGAUCUUUCUGGAGGAACUGACCAAAGUGGGCGCUGCAGAGCUCACCGCAGACCAGAAUCUGCAGUUCAUCAAGCCCUUCUGCCAGAUAGCAGCCCGCACUAAGGACUCCCUGGUUUUGCAUAAGAUCACUCAGAGCAUCUUUGAGGCGAUCGUGGAACAGGCUCCCUUGGCCAUAGAAGACCUCAUGAAUGAACUAGAUGCACAGAGCGGAGAGGGGGAAGGGUCAGACGAGGACGAUGGUGAUGAUGACAGUGACGAGGCCUCAGAGGACGAGCAGGAUCUGCAAGACACAGCUCCCAAGAAUCAGCCUGCAGGCUCUGUAAGUAGGGCUGACCUUGAGGUGGACGAGGAGGCGUGGGAUGACGAGGAAGACACUGGCCCUGUCCUCCAGUUUGACUACGAGGCAGUGGCUAACAAACUGUUCAAGCUGGCCAGUAGACAGAGCACCCCCUCUCAGAACCGGAAGCGCCUCUACAAAGUGAUCCAAAAGCUGCGGGACCUGGCUGGAGGCAUUUUCCCUGAGGAUGAUGUCCCUGAAAAAGCCUAUAAGAAGCUGCUAGAAGGGAGGCGGAAACAGAAGAAGAAAAAGAAGCGCUUGCCCACACUGCAGCCUCAGAAUAAGGAAGGGGGGAGCGAGACAGAAGCCUCAAGUGCAGACCCAAGCCGGGGAAGGAAGAGGAAGAGGAGCAGGAAGACUGAUGAGAAGGCUGGCCAAAGAGGGCCUCCUGGGAAGAGGAGGAAGCCCGGGGCUAGAGCCAAGGGGCCUAGGGUCCAGCAACCAAAGAGGAAGAAGAAAGGAUCAUCACAGAGUGCGAAGUGAGGUGCACAGCCCAGGCCGGCUGGCCUCCUUACUGGCAUGAGGUGAAUGGGGCCAGGCUCUCUGCGCAUGCUCCUGCAGCCUCUGGAUGCCAAGGCUCUGAGCGCUCUAUAGGGGAGGAGGAUGAAAGAGGAGACCCCUGGUUAGUCCUGGCCUUCAGGAAUGCUCCUGCCUCAGCUAUGGCCUGCAUAUCAGAAAUUCAUUCCGAACACUCAAAAUUUUACUCGUACAUAGCUGUGGCUGUGCCUGAUCCUGACCAGAGAGGCCAGAAGAUCUGGAGACUGAGUCCAGCCUGGGUCGUAGGGCAAAACCCUGUCUCCGCUUCCCUCCCCUACAGUAAGGAAAACAAAACUGAGUAACUGUGUGACCACCGUCAACUCCAUCCUGGGCUGCCCACCAAAUAAACUGCGGGACCUUACAA